ACCGUUCAAAUAUAUUUAACUAUGGAAAAAGAAGUACCAUUCACAGUAUACAUGCUACAGUUAGCCACCAAAAAUUCUCUAGACGAAGAGGAUAUUGAAAGAUCUUCCCCGGAUUUAUGCACGGAACUUCACCUUGCGAUAUUAAAUAGGGAUAUAGAUGCAUGUCGUAGAGAGGUACAAAAAAUCGAGCAUAUCAAUAAUAAAGAUAUAAGAGGCGAUUCAGCACUUCAUUUAGCAGUACGCUGGAUAACACCGAUAGGGGAAGAUUUAGCAAACAAAUUGGUUUCUGCUGGGGCGAAUGUUAAUAUUCGGAACAAAUGGUGCCAGACUCCACUACACUAUGCCGUCUUUGCUGGUUCUGGCCGCAAUGUAAGUUGUUUACUGGCACAGACAAAUAUAGACGUGAAUGCUGCUGAUGUAAAUGGUUACACACCCUUGCAUUGUUGUUUUCGGUACAAAUUAGACCAUGAAGGAGAAAGUUUCGAUAGAGGAGGAAUUUUUAGGAAUGAAGGAGAUGAUUUGCUAGAAAUUGCAGACAAACUUAUAUUAGCGGGUGCAGACAUUAAUGCAACUACAAAAUAUGGAAACAGCAUAUUACAUCUUAUUGUUAGAAAAGAUGACAAUUCAGAACUUUUGAAGUUAAUGUUGGAAAAGUACUUAGGAUUCAAUGUCUAUAUAAAAAAUUAUAUGGGGGAGAAUUUCUUGCAUGUAUAUGUUACAAGUGAAGUUAUUGAAAAGGUCAUUGAAAACAUAGAGUUCAUUUCCAUAAACCUUUCCGAAGAGGCAGUAAAGACCUUGCUUAAUGAUAAAGACAUAUAUGGAAGAGCACCUUGGGCAAACAUGAUAGAUACAGGAAAUAUUGACGCGGAUUCGCUCGUAAGGAUGAUAGAACUGGGCUCUGAUAUUUUUUCUGCAGAUUGUAUGAAAAACACAGCUUUACACAGGUUAGCUGGAGUAAGUUGGGGAAUUUCUUUUCUUGAUAUAUUGGAAAUACUUAUGAAUGCAAAUGUGAACUUGAACUCAAAAAAUGUGUUCGGAGAAUCAGCUGCGUUUGUUGUCUUUCAAGAAGAAGUGUUCAGUGUUUUGAUGAAAGGAAAUGUGGACUUCACUUUAAAAGAUCGUUGGGGUAGAUCUCCUUUGAUGUCAGUACUUAAGCAUAGGCCCAUACCUGAAUUGAUUAGGAGGCUUAUUAUUGAAGGAAAUGUUGAUGUCAACGCUGUUGAUGAAAGCGGUUCCACUCCUCUUCAUAUUGCGGCAUAUCACAAUUUUGAAGAACAAGUAGAACUCUUACUAAGCCAUGGCGCAAAUGCCUUUGCUGAAGACAACUUAAAAGAAAGACCUUUGGAAACUGUUAAGCGACACUGCAGUUACCGCUGUUACAAGCUUCUAUCUCACACAGAAAAUACCGAACUUCUUUAUUCUCGCGUCAAAUCGUUCGAAAAAAUGCUUCUUGAAAUGCCAAAACGCAUUCAAUGUUCAGUUAUCAAAUCAAAAGAAAGUAUUGAGCAUGCAUUAGGUCUCCCAGAAAACCGUGCUGAAAUAUUUGAUUUUCUAAUGCAUACAUACUAUGACAGAACACCGGAAAAUGCGAACGAAAUUUCUCAAAUAAAUCAAGAAAUUGUAGGACUUGUACAAAUACUGUGCAAUAGUAUUGCAUCAUAUGAUAAACGAUUUAGCAUGUCUAUUUUUCGCACUGGCUCUUCAGAGGAAAAUACUAAGGUUGGGCCUCCAGACGAAUUCGAUUUUGCUCUCUGCAUUAAUGAAUUGCAAGAAAUAACAACUAUCGUUAUGACAAAAGAAUGCACAGAGAAAGGAUUUGCAUGUCUUAAAUUUUGUAAGAAUCCAAUACCCGAAGACUACGUACAGUUUUCAGACUUGGAAGGAUAUUUCUUAGCAUUUCCAUAUCUUAGCCUAUAUAGAACCUAUCUUAAGAGAGCUCUGAACGAAGCAUCAACAUGGACCAAAGGAAAUCUCCUUUUCAAUUAUGAAGACAAGAUGGAAGUUAUCAGUGGAAAGCCUGUUUUCAACUUUGAAGUUUACUGGAUAGGAUGUGUUUACAAACAACUUAAAAUCAGCAUUGAUCUGGUUCCUGUUGUUUACACACCGGGAUGGUGGCCAAAGAAUGUUAAUUUCCCGGAUUUUAUUGAAAUGAACGAAGAUGUUCAAAAGGCAGGUUGUUUUCUAAUUCUUCAGACGAAGAGAAAUGAUUUUAAUAGAAAUAACCUUAUAGCUGGCGAUGAUAUAUACGAGACAUGUAACAACAAUCGAGAUGUGAAAACCCGAAGAAUGCUUCGUGUGUCCGCAGCACCUGCAGAAAUAACACUAAUGAAAACGCUGCCAAAUGUGUUUCGUUCCGCUUAUAUUCUUGCUAAGAUUAUGAAAAGCAAAGAAGUUUGUCCUAAAAUUGAAAUUGACCAGCUUCCAUCAACUCUCUACGCUCAUCAAAGUGCCUUCAAAUUGCAUAAGCCACCCCCUAUUAACCCGUCUCAUGUCAUCAAAAGUUACAUGCUUAAGAAUUGUACAUUUUAUCUUUGGCUUGAAUUGCACAAAAAAAUCUUGGAUGAAAAUUUAAGCAGCACAGACAUUGCUGGUCGUCUCUUUCAGUAUUUGCUGAAAUUCACAAAUGUUCGGCAACUUAGCCCGUUUUUCCUUCCUUAUUCGGACGUUUUCGAGUUUGAAAAGGAUGAAUAUAUAUCUUCAUACAAUAAGUUUUUGCUGAAUUUGAAAAGAGAGUUAAGCAUAAAGACUAUUCUUGGUAUAUUAAAACACGACUUCCCGGAGGAAUGCUUAUCUAUAAGUAACAUUCUGACAUUUUCAAUAGAUUAAAAUAGAUUAAAGAAAAAUAUGGAAGGAGAGAAAAAUGUGCGUGUAGUCUUUGAUUAAAGACAUUCAUCUCUUAUAUGUUAAGAUAAAGAUAGUGAUGAAAAACAGGAAGAAAAUUAUUAAUAAGAAGAUUUAUAGGUUACUUUAUUAUGUUAUGUGAAGGAGAUUUAUUGCCAAAAGUCUAUGUAGUAUCUAGCUGUUAUUCCUAAUCUUCCAGCU